AGAAACUUAUAUUAAUAUUCGUUGUGUAAACGCAGUUUGAAUCUUCGGUGAACGCCCUUUUGGAAAAAAGAAAAAUUAUUAGAAUUGAGGAAGAGGAAAGAGAAGAAGAGAGUGGUGAAGAGAGGAAGGGGUACAAGGGACAUGGCUCGAUUGUGGUGCGUUGUGAGAGAGUGCAACCGAGACGAACAGUAACGAGCGAAACGUAGUCGAGUUUAGCGCGAGCUUAUCGUUCCGAGGCGGAAGUCCUCGAGUCUGCAUUUGUGUCUUGGUCGUUCGCUGGGACUACGAUCACCCUGCACCAUGAUUGUGCGGAGGUGUUUAGCAUUAACGGUAUCGACCUGUUUGAUACUGUCGGUAAAAUUCGACGUUGUACAAGCCGAAAGAUGGUCGCGACAAGUGUCAAACAGCGAAUGGAUACCGUUAGCGAAUCCUAGGGCGACGCAAACUCAACUCGAACAAAAUAACCCAGCUGCGGCACCCUUGGCGAGCGGAAGCGCGCAGCUACCUCAACUUCCGCAGCUCUCCUUGCCGCCAGCACUUCAACAACAGUAUCAAGAGCAGUUACUUCAAUUGCAAAAGACUCAGGAAAAUAUACAGAAGCUGUUGCUGCUGCAACAGCAACUUAGAGCUCAGCAACAACUUCUUCAGACUCAGGCUUUCCUACCAAGCGGCUUUAGCAACACAGACGACGGAAAGCAACUGCAUCAAGUCGGAUUAGAGGGUACGCAGGUGGCAGAUCUUUCGUCGGAAGAUCUAGUGCCACCUCUUCCUGCCUCUGAAGCACUACCACCAGUUUUCCCAGCGCAAAACUUUCUCAACCAACGACCUAGGCCUCACCCGCCAACGAAACAGGAUACGAGCCUUCCCCAAGAGUUCACGAAUUUAUCCGGUCAGGACAUCAAGAAUGGUCAGUUGUUGCAACAAGGGCAAAAUAUUGGAAAUGUCGGACAAAUUGAAGAGAAUCAAAGACAAGGCACGAAACAGCUAAAGGAACCGACUCAGGCCUCUUUGCUGCCUCAUGGCGAAAGCGCCCAAGAUGAAGAGGAGGAGGUGCAAUUAGUUUACGUACCAGCCGAAACCUUGGCGCAACGAGGUCAGCCGAAAAGAAACCGCGGUCGGAAGCAGUAUCCCCUCCGUCAACAACAUCAACAGCAACAGCAACAGCAACCUCAACAACCACAGCAACAUCACGAAAGCCCAAGUGUUGAUACUUUGCACGAUCAGGAUGCGUUUGCCCGUCAAAUACUACAACAAAUCCAACAGGAACGCGAAGAAAAGGCUCAAUUCUUCAAAGAAGAGCGAAUGAAGGAGAUCGCCAGGCUAAACGAGGAACAACGAGCACUGGAAAGAAAAGCUCGCCUUCAACAGGAAGCCCUACAAAGAGAACAAGAGUUGCAAAGACAACGUGAGGCCGAAAAGAAGAAAAAGGAGUUAGAAAAAUUGGAAGAAUUGGCCAAACAACGAGAACUUGAAAGAAUUCGUGAAGCCAGAGAGAAGCAACGAUUGGAAGAACUAGAAAGGCGAAGAUUGGCAGAGAUUCGAGCAAAAGAGGAAAAACGUCGAGCAGAGGAAGCAGCCAGACAGAAAGAAGCUGAAAGGCUAGCUGCUUUAGAAAGACAAAAAGAACUAGAAGUCCAGCAGGCUCUAAAGCAACAACAGCUCCUUGACAAACAGCGUGAAAACGAAGCUAGAGUGUCUGGACCAGAGAACCAUGAUAUUCAAACUCAUGCUCUUCCCUUGAUUAGAGAUCAACAUCAACAGUUCCAUCAUCAACAUCCGUCAGAAACUUCUAGACAAAGUAAGAAUAAAAUUAGAGGCAGGCAAAGACCGAAGACUCAUUACCAAGAUCAACAAAAUUACAGAGAACCGACUACAACGCCAUCUCCCAAUCAGCCUCCUUUAGCAGUAUACAUGGGAAGUACCAGUUCAAAUACAGCCAAUGUUAAAGUGUCUGACGUAUUAAGGAUAUUAAAGGAUGCCAAAACCAUAGCUGUUCUGGACACAGUUGGUCCAGAUACCCCUCAAGUAUUCGUGGGUCCAACUAGUUUGGAUCCACCAACAGGUUAUGCCAAGUUUGAUCUGCCUUAUUUAUCGUCUAUCGAUCAUAAUCGUGUGGAGAGGAAGGUCGACAAAUUGCCUUUCUUCGUGGCACCACUCAGCUUCGAUCCUCCUCCUGGAUAUUCCAAAAUUCCCUUCCCAGCGCCACAUAUAGGAUCAGUGGUAGUGAACACCUUAGACAACGCUCCAAAUCCAAAAGACAGUGAUGAUCAAAACCCUAGUCCAACUCCUAUAAUAGAACCUAACUCUUACAUAGAUGGCUUGGACAGUGUAUCAGAUUUUACUACUCCUUCGUACGAGCCUCAAACAACUAUAAGUUACUCUCCAGAACCAUUAAGUACUCCUAAAUAUGAGCAGACAUAUACAGCAUCACCAUCUCCCGGAUACUCUGGCUCCAGAUUCAGAUUCAGACAGUUUUAUAGUGACAAUAAGCCAGCUUCUGUGGUUAGUACUUCCUAUUACGACGAUCAGAGGACAACUACAAAGAAGCAGAAGUACUAUGAUGAAAACUCGAGAACGACAGAGGUUUCUAUUCAAAAUCCAAAAGUGGAAACUGCAGUGAGUCAAGUCGAAGAAGUUUCGUAUUCUACUACACCUAGUUUCAAAGAAGAAACAAUUGGUCAACAGGAUUCGUCGGGCCAACUGACGUUAAUUAAUCAACAGUUGUCUCAGCAGAGGGAGACACAGGAAUACAACACUGGAGGACAAUACAGUCAACAGAAUUCCCAGUCCAACACUGGUCUCGUUGGUAGUUUCGGCGGUGAAAUCACUGCCGGUGACAUUAACGACGUUAGAGCUCCCGUUGGACCCACGCAAUAUAGUUUGCCGGCUGAACUACCGGCGAUCUCUCCGCACCUUCCUGGUCUGGUGAAUUCUUUAUUGGACAAGAAUGAGGCGAAACUGCACGCUGCUACUACAACUACGACUACGAGCAGCACUACUACUACAACCACUACGACACAGCGUACUCCUACGACAACAUAUAGGCCACGUAGUAGACAGAGGAACAGAUUAGUUUCUACAAGGCCAAGAACAACAACCGAAACCCCAUCGACCAGAUCGAACAUAGAUAGAAGUCGAAGACCGUACAACAGAUCCAGAUCUAGAUUCACGACCACUACAGAGGAGUAUCGCGAAUCCGCUUACGAGCCAACUAAAUCUAGAAUCCCGGAAACUACGUUGAGGUAUAAUGUAGAGCAAAGGAGGCCAACCAGUAGAACACAUAAGUACAGGAGUCGAGAUAAGACCAGUCAGCAAUCUGAGGUUCUCGGACACGCUCAGAGCCCGCAGACCGAGCAAUCGUAUGAUACUGUACCCCAAGGCGAUUCGAAUUCCCCUACGUCAAACGGGUUCAUCCAACCGACCAGGCCAGAGUCGAGUAUUCUUCGUCAACUGGAUUCAUCGUCGAGCUUGAACGACUAUACUCCCGAGAAUUACCCGUCCACCAUUGUCAGCACCACCGAGAACUAUCCAUCUCUUCACGAUGUCACAGUGAAUCACGCUACGGCGUUGGUUUCUGAAGUUUACUCAAGAAGUCAUAACUAUGCUCAGAAUAUUCAAGAAAAUCCACGUUAUCGAUCUAGUUACGAUCAAUCUACUUUAGAACACACUGGUCUUGAGAAGACUCCAGUGAAUGGAUUUAAUUAUCAAGUUCAAAGUGGAGAGUCACUGGAUCAAGGAAUUGUUCAAAGGCCAAAAGAUUAUCAGUUAGAUGGAAAAGCAGAAAACAGCGAUUUUGAAUUGGCUACAACUGUUGAUCCAAGACUAAGGACACCGGAAGAGCAACGUUAUUCUCCGGUUUACGAGGUGAACGUACCACAGAAUCAGCCAGAGUACAGUCUCACUGGGCAGGAUAAUCUGCAUCGUGUGGAGGGCGAUAAGAUUCAAACCGGUGUUGGCGAUGGUAAUCCUAACGAGCAGCCAAUAUUUAUCCCAUUGCCAGAGAAUAAACAAGAGGAUUAUGAGCUGUCUGUUUCCUCCACCGAGCUUCCAUUGUCAGAUAUAACAACAGAAACAAUCACAACGAGUACCACUCCUGUGGUGAUUCGACAACGAGUUCGAGGACGCAUUGGCACACGAUUGCAUCAUGAACCUUCGGUUCAGACGCGAAAUAGGGGUUCACAGGACGAGUACGUUCGUUUCAACGUGGUGAACCAGGAUUCUACUCGAACCACAUCCAACAGACAGAGAGUCAGAUCCAGGCCUCGUACUCAGAAUCAUGGAUCUCAAGUUCAGACAGACGGCAACGAAUAUAUUAAGAUUCACGCAGUUCAGCAGCAAAGACAAGCCACUACAACACCAGCGCCAUCUACAACGACCACUACAGUGCGUCCAACUGAAGAGGACAUUGAUUACGGAUUUAUAAGGCCACCAAACUUCCGACCGGUACAUCCGGUGGAUAACAGAUUUCAGACGGCUGUUACAUACCGGCCCCAGCUUCCGGAGGUGCCGCAGGAAUCUCUGCUACCAAACGACGAGGCCACAGUGGAAUCGAGUCCUCCACAGACGCAGCUGUUAAAAAACCGUCAGAAGUAUCAGCCAACUCCCAAUCGUCGUCUACCACUGAAACCUACAACCUUACCAUCGCCCAUAACGACGCCAGAAAUCACCACUACUACUGAAGUAAUACCUGUUGCCACAGUGCUUCCAGACGACACGAUAUACACUGUUAGGCCAAGAUCUAGACCAGACGAGAUAAAACAAACUAGAAUAAGAAGUAGAAUACGACGACCUGGUAGAAAACGUGUAUCUACCACUAGUACAACCGAGUCCGUGCUAGAAGCGCAUAACGAGCUCCCAUUGGACGAAAAUUAUCCGCCUAUACGACCACAAUCUGUGACCACAGAGCAACAACAGGAGCCAUACGAGGAUAAUUACGAUAACGGUGGAGGAUUCUCCGGUGGAGUACGUAAUCCAACUGAACAUCAAUUCUACGAGUCCUCUAGUGAGAACUAUCCACCCGAGUUCGUCCUAAACUUUGGCAACUAUCCAGCGCAAGCUGUUCAACGUGACGAAUACGACCAGACUCAACUAACCAAUAAUUCACCAGGAAAAUACAGCCAGACUUCAAGAACGAGACCUUCGGAAGACAAUCACCAGACGACGGCAGACAUUUACGGAGCUGAGAGUCAAUGGUCUACAAAGCUGACGAGAACUUCGUUCCAGCCGAGUUUCGCAGUGAAUCAGGUCCCAGAGGAGGCUUCUAAGAACGGUCAAUGGUUCCAUGAAUCCUUGAAAAAUGUUAACCCACCAGAGAUAAUCACAGCAGCACCAGAAGUUUCAUCUGUAACACUGGUAGUCUCUUCAGAUGAUAAGAAGAUAGAAAAAACGCAAAAAGAAGAAGAGGAAGAUGAGUCAAUGUUAAUGGGUACCACAAUAUUUGGUAGGAAAACUGGUAUACAGGAUCAUACUGAGAAGAUGAAUAUGACUGAAAUGAGCACCAAUAUAACAGAGAUUAAACAGAAGACUAAUAGUGAGAUUGAAGGUGAUCAGAAUGGAAAUUCUUCUUUGAUGGAUAAGGUUGACAGUUCUACUGAGCAACAAAGUACUGAUUUCGAGAAGAUUGUGAGGAAAAGCGAUAAUUCCACAACUGGGAGGAAGAUCACACGGAGAAGAAGAGUCCGCGUUCGAGUCAGGCCAGCGGUGGACGAUUUUGUCACUGCCGAGUCCCAGCACUUCAAUUCUGCCCUGAACGGUUUAUUCCAAGGCCAAUAUAAGUACAACCCCAUCCGUGAACCGAAACCUCUUGCAGGAGCUUCAGCUUCAGCCGAAAAAUCGAUUUUACAAGACUUUCUAUCAGAUAUUCUAAAGAACGACGAACCUACGAAAAUCACAACCACUGAGGUACCUGAAACCGCAUGGACAAUGUCUCCAGCCGUGACCACUCCUAUGGUGAUCCCUGAAGACGUCAGUGGAACUACGGAAAUCCAAAUUACCACAAUUCCAACCACUUAUAAGAUUGAAGAAACAACAAUCACAGAGUCGCCUUAUGAAGAUCUAUUUAUUAAAUUAAUUAAAAAACCACAUGAUAAUAUAAAGAUAAACGAACAAGAGAAAAAGGAAAAGAACGAGAAGAAGAUAGUUACUGGAGAGAAGGAACAGCAAACUUGGGAAACAACGAAGAAAUGGAACCGGAAGAAUUUUCAGAACACUCUCAGUUUUGUCUCAAUAGCAGGUAAAUAUACAACCAAAGACAAUGAUGAGAGCAAGUCGAAUGAUGAAUUAAAUGAUUCAGAAUCAUUUCGAAAUAUCGAAGAAAUAAAUUUUAAUCAGAAAGAAUCGAAUAGAAAGAAUGAUGUGCUAGAGGAUCGCAGUGAAGUAGAUAGAGACAGUACAAUAGAAUUCGAAGAAAGUAACAAAGGAUCAAAAGACGAGGAUUAUAACCAUCCCAAGAAUCACAGGGCCAAAUGGAGUGAGGUAAGAUACCCGUCUGCCUUUGAUCACUCCAAAUCAUCCAGCUGGAAUUACGAUUCAAAAACGAGUGGUAGAUCUGCCACAACGUCGAUUCCGGGGUUAGUAACGAAGAAGGAAGGAGACACCAGUGUGAAGACACUCUCAGACUACGUCCAAGCGAUCUUCGAUACCAUGAAGAGUGCUGAGGAGGAGACAACAGUAACCAACACGGAAAAUCCAGAUGAAACCACUACCACUGGGCUUCCUGUAUUUAAUACAGACAUUCCAGAUCAUGUUAAUGAAUCAAAGCAAGAAAUAUUAGUGGAUAAUGAAAAGAUUUUUAAAUUAAAAGACGAUGAAGUUAAAAUGACUACUCAAGCGAGCUUUGAAGAGUUACAGACAAUUGGAGAUGUUAAUGAAAAUGGUAAGGAAUCGACGGAGACUGAAUCCACGACGAAUAUCGAUCUGGAGAACGCGACGACCUUGGGACGAAUCGACAUGAUUGCAGACACAACGACGAGUUCUACGUCCGAGAAUUAUUUCGCAAAUGAUCCUUCUCUUUCGACGACUCUGAAACCGAGUAGCACCACUUUAUUAAUUAAUUCGACAGAAUCAAUAUUAGGAAAGGUCCUGCGAACCUCAACAACUACCAAGGUCUCGCAUAUGACGGAGAUUUGCUAUAGAGGCCGAUGCGUGAUGACGAGGCCCAGUCGAGACGAUCAGUUCAGAUGAAGAGAAAAAGAUUGGUAAUCGAUAAAAAUGUAAGAGAAUAAAUAGCGUCAUUCCCUUCGAUCUGAUCUAGGGAAUGGAUCGUAUCUGUAUAUAGAGAGGGCCUCAUUGACCGCGUUCUUCAUACCAUGUCUCGUUUUAUUUAUUUAAUUGGAACUUUCUUUAAAAGCGAUUUUCUUAGUAACUUUUUCUUCGCGGAAGGUGCAGAGUGUAAAGCUUAACUCGUUGAGGAUUAAUUAGUAAAAUAAUGUGUAAAAAUAUUUUGUGGAUAAAAGUGUUCCUUUUGUUUACUAAAAGUAUAAUAAUUAAUAAAUGUUAAUUGUCAGAUAAUUUUAUUGGAUGAUUUCACUCACUAUGAGCGAAGCGGUGAGAUGUGUAAAAGUCUCUGUGAACAAAAAUAUUUCUUCUUUUCACUUGUAAAUAGAACUAUGAUAUUGAUGAUUGAAUAAAUGAUUUUCAUCUCAAUGAGUAGAGAUUAACCAUAUGUAGAUAUAAUAUAAAGAAGAACAUAUAAAUGGAAAUAAAUCCAAAAAGUAGCUUUAUUAACUCCUUUUUAGUUUUAAUCAGAACUAUGAUAUUAAUUACUGAAUAAAAUAUCUUCCAUCUCAAGGAGUUAAGACUAAUCAAAUGUAUAAUGUAAAGAAGAAGAUAUAUGUAAAUGAAGAAAUGUGAAAAUGAUUGAAUUAAGUGAAUUAAGAGAUUCAACAGAGAAAGUAGUGGAACAUUACCCUAGUCAGGGUAAACUGGUUCGAUAAGAAAUAUCAAGCACCGUUGACGACGAAUCGAUAACGUGUAACGAAGUUUGUUUAUGAAAAUCGUGCCAGGGGAUUCUCUGGUGUUUUUGACUCGGUUCGAAGCCGGAAACAGAGGCCCUGCUAGCGUUCUCAGCAACGCCUCUAAUCUAGAGCAAAAA